GACUGACAGUAUUUGGAUGUGGUGCAGGGGAGGAGGAGGAGGAGGAGGAGAUGGCAACCACUUUCUCAAACAAACAACCACUUCAUCAAUCUUCAACCAGAGAGGAUUUGGAGCUACAUAUAUAGGUCUGGGACCAGCACUUGGCAGAUUUGGCUCAGAGGUACGCAGAGCAAUGCAAGAAUCCGGACAAAACGGUCGAUUAUACUUUGUACUUGAACGAUUUGACAUAAACCGGUUGGACUCGUCCGUCUACCACAGUGAGUCGCACAUGGAGCUGCCGGUGCACAUCAGACAGUUCUUCAUGAACGCCAUUUACAAGCCGAACGUUUGCCACCACAAGUUCACCCCGAGCCUCGUCACCCGCUACUUUGACAUCCUUCAGCACGCUCUGGAAAAUAGCUUCGCGACGGUCAUUUGGGCGGAGACGCGGUACAUCGGGUGCGGGCACGUCGAGUACAUCAAUGAGGACUUUCACGCCGACCCAACCACGCUGCAGAACUCUUAUCUCGUUUGCUUCUACGGGCCUGGGAUUGCGCCAGCACAAGACGAAUUCGGAAACGACAAUCCGAUUCCUUCCGUUUACGAAACGGGCAAGCCUGCGUGCAGCAACCACUCUACUCUUUACCCAGGCCUGUGCUCCACCGAGGAAAUCAAUUUCAAGAACAGCGGGGAUCCGUGCGACAACGUAUACUUCACUGACCACUAUUUUGAUCUGUGCGACCCAAAGACAUUCGACAACAUGUGCGAGGGAGAGGGUGGGAAUUAUUUCGACCUGGUCAAAACUGCGGUUUUCGGCGGCACCACAGUUACUCUAAUCAUCGUUCUGGUUUUGAUGUGGUACUACUGGGACGACAUCGUGGACUUUUCUAGAAACCUCAUGGAUAGUGCCUUAAUUAAAUGUUAG